AUGGCUUUAAAAUUUAUCUUUCCUUGGGACAUAUUUGCUCUCAUAUGGGCUUUUUUGGUAACACCUAAGAUAUCUGCAGAGGAAGAUCGGGGCAUGUUCUUUCGCAUAGAAGAAAACGCUUGUCUCGUCGAUGAAAAUGCUCUUCAAAGUGAAAACGCUGACUCUUUAUUGGCCUGUGCUCAAAUGUGUAGGAGAGAGGCUUCUUGUAAAGGAGCAAAUUUCCUGGCGAACAAAGGCACCUGUUCGCUUUUUGGCGAAGGACAACAAGCAAAAAAGUUGGAGAGAUUUGUAAAACGGGAUGGUUCUUUCUAUGUGAAAAAGGUUGUCUCUCCAGGAAUAUCUGGCCCACACCCUAUAGGUCAAACCAUUCCUUCGCACUCAGGUUCAACUCAACAUUCAGUGGGACACUCGUGCCAGACCCUUCUCAGGAAGAAUCCUACCUCAAAAUCUGGUGUCUAUUGGAUUGAUCCUUUUGGUGGAUCUCAGGCCAACGCUUUCAAGGCUUACUGUGAUAUGGAGACCGAUGGAGGAGGCUGGACACUAGUAUGGAGCUAUUCCUUUACUAAUUACGGUCAUUUUAACAGUAAAUCGAAUGCGAUCGCUCCGAGGCCAAACUGGCCGGUGAGACCUGAAGUAGAUGUUCCUAUCUCCACAACUCCUCCAUUAAGUGAGACAGACUACAACGCCAUUAACUUCUCAAUCUGGAAACAAAUCGGCAGACAGGUCCUCAUCAAGAGCAACGUAAACAACUGGCUGGUGUGUCAUCCGGGAAAUGGCAGCUUGGUUGAUUGGCAGGAAGGUGAUAUCAACUGUACAAUCAUCAAACACGUGACUGACCCAACUCACGGGGUGGUCCCUUCUAAGUUUUCACCUGACCAACAAAAUCUGUAUGGACCGCUGUUCUCUUUGAGUGAGCUCUCGUAUGGCUUUUAUUACUAUUUUGACGGUUACACAGGGAAACACUGGCCUGUCCAUGAUCCUCUGGGAACAAAUAGUCCCAACCAAAAGAAAAAUGUUGUUGAUCCGCAUGGCAACAUUUUUAUUCGAGCCGAGUAG